AUGCCACUGUCUGUUACAACGCAUUCUUCCAACGCCUCUCUCAGUUCUCUCAGUUCUGGUGUUGGCAGUGGCUCAGGUGUAAGCACUCCUACUGCCAGUGCAUUAUCAUUAUCUACUGCAAGCCUGUUGAAAAAGGCUGCUUAUCAUGGUGCUGAAGACAGGAUCGUGCUUGAUAUAGGAUCGUUCUCUUGCAAAGUCGGACUAUCUUGGGAACCUACUCCCAGGCGUACUUAUAUUCCUGGAGUUGCUGAAAAGAAACUGGGUUGUGCAAAUGGGUUCCAUGCCAAGUCGAUUUCUUUUGUCCCCGCAUCAUUCGCUGCAUUGCUUGCUACAGGACAAACUAUUGGACUAGUAUUGGAUUGUGGGUAUCAAGAGGCAUGCGCGCUUUCUAUUUAUGGUAGUCUCCCCCUUAUUGCAUGCUCUAAAUCCGUGCCGCUUGCUGGAUAUCACGUUUCUAAACGGUUAAAAGAACUGGUUUGCCAGUAUGGUCACAUUGUCAAUAAUACAUUGGGUACAUCGUCUAUAGAAGUAUCCAGCCAUGAUCAUCAUCAAGUUGUAGAUAUACUGCAAAAGGCAUCAGAUACGUUUUGGGAAACUCUGAAGGCCACUAUUGUUGUAGCAUAUCCAACUAGAAAGGAUUGGCAAUCACAUCAUACUAGUACUUGUAAAAAUGACUCUGUUCAUGACGAGGCUGAUACUAGCGCGUACUAUGAUGUUACAAUAGACUCGUUCAACGUUGUUCGGAUACCGACUUGGGUGGGAUAUGUUGCAGCAGAUGUACUGUUUGAGGGAAAUGAGGAAGGUGAAACACUUCAAGGUUGUCUCCUCGACACUCUGUUAAAGUGCCAUGUAACCACUCGUUUAGAAUUGAUACAAAACAUUCUGCUAUGCGGAGGAACUUGCUCCAUUCCUGGACUAGAAGAUCGUUUGAGAUACGAAAUGCAGCAUUUGGCUGAUGAACAUUCAAAUUUGAAAUCUGCUCGUAAAUUAGUUUCAAAAAUCAAUUUUAUCUACAGUCCAUUUCAGCCAUCACAACAGGCGUGGGUUGGCGGUAGGCAUUCGCGUCUGAAUACUGCUCUGUAUUUAAAAUGGAUGUGGUUAAUAUAG